AUGGCUAACAAUCAUACUACUACUACUACUACUACUACUACUACUACUACUACUACUACUACUACUACUACUACUACUACUACUACUACUACUACUACUACUACUACUACUACUACUACUACUACUACUACUACUACUACUACUACUACUACUACUACUACUACUACUACUACUACUACUACUACUACUACUACUACUACUACUACUACUACUACUACUACUACUACUACUACUACUACUACUACUACUACUACUACUACUACUACUACUACUACUACUACUACUACUACUACUACUACUACUACUACUACUACUACUACUACUACUACUACUACUACUACUACUACUACUACUACUACUACUACUACUACUACUACUACUACUACUACUACUACUACUACUACUACUACUACUACUACUACUACUACUACUACUACUACUACUACUACUACUACUACUACUACUACUACUACUACUACUACUACUACUACUACUACUACUACUACUACUACUACUACUACUACUACUACUACUACUACUACUACUACUACUACUACUACUACUACUACUACUACUACUACUACUACUACUACUACUACUACUACUACUACUACUACUACUACUACUACUACUACUACUACUACUACUACUACUACUACUACUACUACUACUACUACUACUACUACUACUACUACUACUACUACUACUACUACUACUACUACUACUACUACUACUACUACUACUACUACUACUACUACUACUACUACUACUACUACUACUACUACUACUACUACUACUACUACUACUACUACUACUACUACUACUACUACUACUACUACUACUACUACUACUACUACUACUACUACUACUACUACUACUACUACUACUACUACUACUACUACUACUACUACUACUACUACUACUACUACUACUACUACUACUACUACUACUACUACUACUACUACUACUACUACUACUACUACUACUACUACUACUACUACUACUACUACUACUACUACUACUACUACUACUACUACUACUACUACUACUACUACUACUACUACUACUACUACUACUACUACUACUACUACUACUACUACUACUACUACUACUACUACUACUACUACUACUACUACUACUACUACUACUACUACUACUACUACUACUACUACUACUACUACUACUACUACUACUACUACUACUACUACUACUACUACUACUACUACUACUACUACUACUACUACUACUACUACUACUACUACUACUACUACUACUACUACUACUACUACUACUACUACUACUACUACUACUACUACUACUACUACUACUACUACUACUACUACUACUACUACUACUACUACUACUACUACUACUACUACUACUACUACUACUACUACUACUACUACUACUACUACUACUACUACUACUACUACUACUACUACUACUACUACUACUACUACUACUACUACUACUACUACUACUACUACUACUACUACUACUACUACUACUACUACUACUACUACUACUACUACUACUACUACUACUACUACUACUACUACUACUACUACUACUACUACUACUACUACUACUACUACUACUACUACUACUACUACUACUACUACUACUACUACUACUACUACUACUACUACUACUACUACUACUACUACUACUACUACUACUACUACUACUACUACUACUACUACUACUACUACUACUACUACUACUACUACUACUACUACUACUACUACUACUACUACUACUACUACUACUACUACUACUACUACUACUACUACUACUACUACUACUACUACUACUACUACUACUACUACUACUACUACUACUACUACUACUACUACUACUACUACUACUACUACUACUACUACUACUACUACUACUACUACUACUACUACUACUACUACUACUACUACUACUACUACUACUAAUAAUAAUAAUAAUAAUAAUAAUAAUAAUAAUAAUAAUAAUAAUAAUAAUCAUGCAAUCCAUCAUAAUAGUUUAUCAAAGAAACUUGUUUUUUCCUAUGAUUGA